CCAUAUUAGUAUCAACCGCAAUGAUUCGCUUAGCAACCGUGGCAAGAAAGAUCGUAAAACGGGGCCAAACUCACUUUAACAAACGUCUCGCUUCACAAAGAGAGAUUCUGGGCUCGACUGUGGUCGUAAGUCGAGGACUACCUGUAUCUUGGCAACAAUUAAGCAGCAGAAACGCUGGAGCAGUCGGGCACUAGGACCUUGAAGUGCUUUGCUCAGAAGUGGUACCCACUCUUGCUGGAAGCAGAAGGCAUCACCAGAGCCUCUUGCAGCAUCGUUGCUACGCAUCUAUUUGCUACAGAAAUAUGGCCAGCCAGACGCAGGGAAUUCAGCAGCUGCUGCAGGCAGAGAAGAGGGCUGCAGAGAAGGUGGCAGAGGCCCGAAAACGAAAGGCCAGGCGGCUGAAGCAGGCCAAAGAAGAAGCCCAGGCCGAAAUUGAGCAGUAUCGCUUAGAACGUGAGAGAGAAUUCCAGCAAAAACAACAGGCGGCUCUGGGCUCGCAGGGGAAUCUAUCCGCAGAGGUGGAGGCUCAGACCCGCAAAAAAUUGCAAGCUAUGCAUGGAGGGCAGGCUCGAGGCAAGGACCAGGUCUUGCGUCACCUUCUCACUACUGUAUGGAAUGUGCAGCCCCAAAUUCACCCCAAUUACCGCCUGGCUGUCUAAAGGGCCUAGUGCCCCUGCCUGCAGUUGUCUGGUGGACUUCUGAUGUACUCCUUAUUCUCCACACAAUACACUUUAGAUGCCCAAAUACCCAAGUUCCCUAUUUCCACCUAUAACUUCACUGAAUCAAACAGGUUUAACAUCCUGUGCUCCCUGAGGCUUCUCAUUCAUCCUUUCUACUUCUUUUAUUGUAUCUUGAAUCAAGGCUGUGAAUUGCAUUUGAUAGUCUGAGUAAUCCAUUCUGCCCAAAAGAUGCAAAAGCAAGCAAUCAACUUUCUAUUCGUUACUGGACACUGACUGCACACUACAUACAAAAGGCACACACCCGUUUUCAAAGUACAUCUAUAGGUUAUUUUCUAUUCCCCAGGAUUACAGGUAGUCCUCAAUUUACAACCAUAACCGAGCUUGCAAUUAUGGUUAUAACUGUGAUGAGUCAUUAAGCAAGUCAUUAUGUGACCGCUUCUGAUUUUAUUUUUAUU